GGAUACAAUUUUUAAAAUCCCGCCUAAACCCCUUCUUUCAUUUCAUCCGCAAUUGAAUUUCAAUUUCCUUUUUCUCUUUAAGCCUUAACCUUAUAUUAAUAUCUCCGCCUUAUCAACCCCUUCUCUCCCUCCCUCACAAUUCACACCCUUUUCUCUCUUUUUUUAUUUACUAUUUAACCCCUCUCCUCCUUCAAACCCUAACCCUACCUCAGGAUUCGCUAUGAAAGGAGGUAAAUCAAGAGCUGAGACCAAGAACACCAAGCUAUCGGUGACUAAGAAGCCGGCUGCUGCUAAGGGCGGCAAGAAAGCCGGCAAGGCAGCUAAGGACCCUAACAAACCCAAGAGGCCAGCUAGUGCUUUCUUCGUUUUCAUGGAGGAUUUCAGAGAAACGUACAAGAAGGAGCACCCUAAGAACAAAUCUGUUGCCGCCGUCGGUAAAGCUGGUGGCGAUAGAUGGAAGUCAAUGUCCGAGUCUGAUAAAGCACCUUUUGUUGCCAAGGCUGAGAAGCGUAAGGUUGAGUAUGAGAAGAAAAUGAAAGCAUACAAUAAGGGACAGGCUGAAGCUCCCAAAGAAGAAGAAGAGUCUGAGAAGUCUAUGUCUGAGGUGAAUGACGACGAUGAUGAUGAAGAGGGUGGCAGUGGAGAGGACGAUGAUGAUGAUGAUGAGUAGGCGAGUGGAAAGAAGAAUAGCAUAGUAAUGUAGGGAUGCUACAAUGUUUGAACAACCCAUGAUAAUGGUUGGGAUAUUUGCUUGUUAAAUUUUUUGUUACUUCUAUCUUUAAAGAGAAGGGUAUCUCUGCUCCCUCCUAUUUUAUCCUUCUCUGUUAUCGGGAAAAAAUUAAUAGUUGUAGAAGGGAUAUUGCUUCUGUGUACUCUUUUUCCAAAAUCAAUGAUUUAGCUGGUCAGCCUUUGUAGAGAA